AUGGGUGAGCUAGAAACGGGUAGAGGCCUGAAUCAAGAACUUGGCCUUAUUAAAGCCGGUGAUACUCGUUGGGGAUCUCACUACAAGUCGUUUGGAAAUUUUAUUAGUAACUUUGCCUCUAUUGUUGAUGUACUUGAUGCUCUUGUUGUAAAUGCAAGUACUCCGGAUGAAAGAGCUAGUGCAUCGGGAUUUCUUAGAAGUUGUCAAACAUUUGAGACUGUUUUCUUGUUGCAUUUGAUGACUGAUGUUUUAGGAAUCACAUAUGAUCUUAAUGGGUCAUUACAGAAUAAGGAACAAGAUAUUGCAAAUGCCAUGAUUCUUGUUAAGGUUUGCAAGAGAAGGUUGCAGGCUUUAAGAGAUAAUGAAUGGGAUCCUCUCUUAGAAAAUCAUUCUGGAUGGGAUUCACUUAAAGAAAAGGUAGAAUUUUUUUGCAUCAAACAUAAAAUUUCAUUGCCUAAUUAUGAUGAUCCAUAUGCUAACUCUGGAAGAUCACGACGUAAAGUAGUUGAUUAUACUACUUUGCAUCAUUACCGUGUGGAAUUGUUUUAUAAAAUUAUUGAUUGGCAGCUACAAGAACUCAAUGAGCGUUUCAAUGAGGUGACCAGUGAUUUGCUUAAUGGAGUAGCUUGCUUGAAUCCCAUUGAGUCAUUUUCUAGUUUUGACAUAAAAAAGAUAGUGAGAAUGGCUGAAUUAUAUCCUGAUGACUUUGAUGGAUUUAGCAUGAGGGCCCUUGAGAAUCAACUUGCUAAUUACAUUAUUGAUGUUCGUGAUAUUGACAAAGUUGCCACUGCAACAGUUGAAAGAGCUUUUUCGGCGAUGAAGUUUAUCAAGAAUGACUUGCGGAAUCGAAUGGACGAUGAAUUAUUAGAUGGUUGCAUAGUACCUUAUGUGGAAAAAAAAGUAUUUAAAGCUGUUUCUAAUGAGUGGGAUGAAGACUCGUCGAGUGCAAUUGUAAUUUAUUAG